AGAUUUCUUUUGAAAUGUUUGUCCUGUGCAGUGGCAAAAGGGUUAUUUUUGUAACUGGAAGGACUGGAAAUUUACAUAAGGAGAGGAAAAAAAAAACUUAAACUCAACAAACUCAAAUUCUGUUCUGGGAAUACCUGCUGUGUUCCCGUUAUAAACAUAGCUGUGAGCAGUUAUAAGAUCCCAUCUGUGGCAUGAGUUUCUUCUCCUUUACCCCUUCUUUUCCCUCUCUACAGUUCAAUAUGGUUUAGGUUUUUAGUUUCCCUUUCUAACCAAUCUGUUGCAGAUAAAAAAGAAAAAGCGAGGAGGAGAAAGAAAAGGUUGCUAGAAAUAAUUUCUUUGGAAGUUACAUAACCUCCCCUCAAUGUAUUUAGGAACGUGUCUCUGCCUUUCAGCUGCACCAGGCAUAACCCACCAUCUUCCUUUAAAGCAGCAGUCGAGGAGAUUUUGCACUCAGAUGUUGGAUUGUGAAAUGUAGCAGCCAAGGCAUGGACACGUCUCCCUCCCUCUGUUUCCCCCUUCCAUGGGCAGUGCCUUCAGACAGAGAGCACAGAUGUGUCUGGGAAUGGCAUCAUCCCCAACCGCUGCAGCAAAGCCUCCAGAUGGCCGGGGCGCGCAGUGAGUGCUUCGUGUGGAGCAUCUCCCAAGGAGACCUGGUAAUCUCUGAAAUAACUUGCACACUCUCAGGUUAAAGACCUUCUGAGUGUGUGUUACACAGCCACAGCUGUGAUUCAAGCCUUUGGGAUGGAGAUGGAAUAAAUAGCCUGAGUAAUAUUUCUGUUUGAGUCAGUGGCGGGUUUCUGUCAGGGGCUUCAACAAGAUUUCUUCACCAGCCUUUUAUCACUUUAAUUUCCCUGCUGUACUCUUGUCCAGCAAAACUAAUUAAGGCAAAAUGUGGCUAGAUUAGCUUUGAAAGCAGAGGGGCUUUUUCUUUAAAACUGAAAGUAAUUAUGAAAUCAUAUUUUAAUUAUCUGCUUCCCAGUAUUUUAAGGUGUCAUAUGUUGACGCCUCACAACAAGUAUUUUUUAUUUCCCUGCUUUUGUUUUUAAGUGGCUAUGCUUGGUGAUUUUUCUAUACACUUGACCUGCUGUUAAAGAAAUCUGUUCUAAAUUUAAGUUCUGAGUAAACUAAUGACAAAAAAUUAGACUUCUGUCCUAUUUAAAUGGUUUGGUUGACAUAGCUUAUAUCCUGUUUAUUUCAGAAAGUCUUUGUGAAUAAAACUGGACUCUUGCAUCUCAAGGAGUGAUUUUUGCUCGAGACUCUCUAAAUCAUUCAGACCUUUCCAUUUAAUGCUUUGAACUAUUGAUUAAAUAUAUUCGCUCUGGUUUGCUUUAAUCUGAUUGCACAUCUAGAAGUUUUCUUCUGAUGUGGCGCAGCCAUGUCUGGUGUAAGCUGGCUUAAUUAGCGCUGCUUAGUGAUUUGGGACCCCUGUCAAAGGCUGCUAUGUUAUCUGGAAACAGAAGGAGUUAAAGCUGAAGCUGUGACCUCAUCCCUGUUCAUGUUACACUGGAAUAGAAGCUGCGCUGAAAGGGAUUGUUUGGCUGCAUCGCUGUCUCUGCUGCUGCUUGAUUGCUUUAAUUCGGUUCUGAUAUCUGUCGCACACUCGCUGAACAACUCUUACAGUAGGGAUUUGUGGCAGUGCUAGAGGCAAAGGAAGCCGUGCUAAUAUCGAAUGCCCGUGGAAACAGCUCCCACGGCGAUACACUCAGAUCUUUCUACCUGAUUCCAACUUCUUACUGAAAAUUGAAGCGGCACCGAGGAGAGCUCACACACACACAGAGAAACACGCACGCACUCCCGCCCAGCCGUGCGCUUCGGCAGCCGCGCGUGCCUUUUAUUCCCUAAUUCCCACGCCGGCUGCGUGGGAGCCGCGGGAGCGCCGCUGUGGCUUUAACGUGGGAGCGGCGCAGGCUACAAUAGGUGUCACUGUGUGCGAGCCCAAUCGCGCUCCGUGCCUGCAGCCAUUGGCUCCGGCCGCACGGCUCCGGUCCCGCUCCGCUCCCAGCCCUGCCCGCACAACUUGGGCUCGCCGGCAGCCUGGCACUGCCACCGGGCGCUCCUGCCGCCCUCUGCCCGGGCUCUAGCGCUGCCAGGCGGCUCCUGAUCGGGAAAGCUGGAAAGAAAGCAAGCUGGAAGGAAUGAUGGGGAUGUAUUUAACGAUUCAAGUACUGGAUCAAACUUAAAGUCAGUUUCUUACUCGGUGCGCUGGAAAGGUCACCUUGUCUUGCUGGAAAAGAAGCAAACUCUCAGCUCUGCUGCUUUUGGUGUAACAGCUUCCACGUACAUUCCUAAAUGUUCCUAGCUAGUUAGGCUGUCGGGCUUUACACACGGGUAUACUCAUGGUAGAUGAGAAAGGAAAGAACAUGAAAUGUCUCACCUUCUUCUUGAUGCUUCCAGAGACGGUCAAGAACAGGUCUAAGAAGAGCUCUAAGAAAGGAAAUAGCAGCAGCAGUAGCAACAGCAAAUUGCCUCCAGUUUGCUAUGAAAUCAUUACCUUGAAGACCAAAAAGAAGAAGAAGAUGGCUGCUGAUAUUUUUCCCCGAAAGAAACCAGCUAACACUAAUACAACUGCUGUCCAGCAGUACCAUCAGCAAAACCUCAAUAACAACAACACUAUUCCUGCACCUAAUUGGCAAGGACUUUAUCCAACCAUCAGAGAGAGAAAUGCAGUGAUGUUCAACAAUGACUUGAUGGCAGAUGUUCAUUUUGUGGUCGGGCCACCAGGUGGGACCCAGCGGCUGCCAGGACACAAAUAUGUCCUGGCUGUUGGGAGCUCUGUAUUCCAUGCGAUGUUUUACGGAGAGCUUGCUGAGGACAAAGAUGAGAUCCGUAUACCAGAUGUUGAGCCUGCUGCUUUUCUUGCAAUGCUGAAGUACAUCUAUUGUGAUGAGAUCGAUUUGGCCGCAGACACCGUCCUGGCCACACUUUAUGCUGCCAAGAAGUACAUUGUCCCUCACCUGGCCCGAGCCUGCGUCAACUUCCUCGAGACAAGUCUGAGUGCAAAGAAUGCCUGUGUGCUGCUCUCCCAGAGCUGCUUAUUCGAGGAACCUGACCUGACCCAGCGCUGCUGGGAAGUGAUUGAUGCCCAAGCUGAGCUCGCUUUGAAGUCUGAGGGCUUCUGUGACAUUGAUUUUCAGACUCUUGAAAGCAUUCUCCGAAGGGAGACUCUGAAUGCCAAAGAAAUUGUUGUUUUCGAGGCAGCUCUGAACUGGGCUGAAGUGGAGUGCCAGCGACAGGAGCUGACGGCCACCAUAGAGAACAAGCGCAAGGUGCUGGGCAAGGCUCUCUACCUGAUCCGCAUCCCUACCAUGGCCCUCGACGACUUCGCCAACGGCGCUGCUCAGUCCGGGAUCCUGACGCUCAACGAAACCAACGACAUCUUCCUCUGGUACACGGCUGCCAAAAAGCCGGAGCUGCAGUUUGUCAGCAAGCCCCGGAAAGGCCUCGUCCCUCAGCGCUGCCACCGCUUCCAGUCCUGCGCUUACCGCAGCAACCAGUGGCGCUACCGGGGCCGCUGUGACAGCAUCCAGUUUGCUGUUGAUAAGAGAGUGUUCAUUGCCGGCUUUGGGCUCUACGGCUCCAGCUGUGGGUCGGCAGAGUACAGCGCCAAGAUCGAACUGAAGCGACAGGGAGUUAUCCUGGGCCAGAACUUGAGUAAAUACUUCUCAGAUGGCUCUAGUAACACUUUUCCCGUGUGGUUUGAAUAUCCAGUGCAGAUUGAGCCUGACACCUUUUACACAGCAAGCGUGAUUCUGGAUGGGAACGAGCUCAGCUAUUUUGGACAGGAAGGAAUGACAGAAGUUCAGUGUGGGAAGGUGACUGUUCAGUUUCAGUGCUCCUCGGACAGUACAAAUGGCACGGGGGUACAGGGAGGACAAAUUCCCGAACUCAUAUUUUACGCUUGAAUGGGAGUGUGUGGAUACAAAAAGCAUUUUGCUAUGAAGAACCUGUCUGGUUCAGGCCUACUGACACUUAGCUUUUUAUCUGCAGAUAUGUGAUCAGUACAGGGAAUACAUAACUAAAUGCUGUGGCAAGUUCCUGGCUUGCUGUACUUGUAGCAUCGUUGGUGAUUAAGUGUAAUAUUUAAACUGGAAGCUCGUAGAAACAAGCAAGUUUUAAAGGCUUUGUAAGAGGGGUGCCUGUUUGCUGGUGAUGCUCACCCUUCCUUUGAUGCACCUGUGAAUCACCAGAGGACGUCCCCCUCUUGUAUCUCACUAAACACUGUCUUCAUUGAUCUGUUUUCUCUUUCUCCGUUUUCUGCUUUCUGCUGGUAUUGGGGAGGUAGGGAUAGAAAAUGAAGAGCCUUAUUUUAUAGCUCUCUCUGCUGUCUGCUCUGCAGACUUUAGAGAUUCCAGUAACCAAGCUGCUUUUGACCAUGGGGGCUGAAAGAAGUCCUUCAGUUAAAAGCAGAAAAAGUGCAAAUUUAAACCCUCAUCCUGUGAGAUUCUCCUGCAGCCUGUUUGGGAUGGCUUCAGGGGAAGAUGGGGAGAAGGAAGCAUCUUGCAGGAAGCUCCAUGGCAUACUGACUGUGUCCCCAGUGCAUGGACAUGUUCACAGUGAGGAAGGGAUGUGGGCUUGGCAAGUUACCCUUGGAGUUGAUUUUCUAGGAACCCCACCUUGAAGGCAAGGAAGUACUUGCAUGUGUUCAAAUUGUGAAUGCAGCUCUUGAAACUCUAUUCCCAUGACCCAGGUUUUGCUACAUUGGAGUUGAUCUGCUCUUUAAGCAGCAUUUCAUUGAACCCUUGCUAAAUAAAUGGGAAUUUAUAUCAAUCAUCUGAUGCAGGAUAAUUUUUCUUUGUUUGUUUUGGGUGGGUUUUUUUCUUUUUCCUAAACAUGGUAGAGGCAGAAUUUAGAGGAACAAAAGAAUGUAUCAAUCUUGACUUGUAUUUUUUUCUGUAAUACAAGAUUUUUUUUCUUUUCUUUUUAUUACCAGCUGAAAUUUAGACAGACAGAAGAUUCCCAACUGUGGUCAUAUUACACUUAGUUAUAUACCAUCAGAUAGCAGUGAGGGGGAGGAAGUCUCCUGUAAUGGGUUAUUGUUGGAGCUCUUGCAACUUCUUAUGGCUACACAUCAAUCAGAGGAUUAUGUGGUACAGAACCUUUCUCUUGCCUGAGUUUUUUCCCCCAAACUUCCUGUCGCAUGUCCAUAUCAUUUUUGCAAAAGUAUGAGGGAUACUCCUUGUAUCAGGGAAAGAAACUAGUAUAAAUAAGAACUACAGGUACUAUUGAAACAUAAGAAAAUCCUUCAUCACUGCACUGGGACAGUGGUUCCUCAAAGGCUACACUGCCCAUUGUAAAGCAUUUCAUUCUUGCUUCACCUCCAAAGUGGGUUCUGUUUGUUGCGUACCUUUUAACAAAAUGAGAGGACCAAAUGAUUCUUUAGACUGGCUGAAGAUUAAUAUUACAGUAUAUGAACACAUUAAUGUAGCAUAACCCUAAAUUCACUUGUCAGUUCUGUAGUAAAAAUGUUUUUCUCAUAUGAUUUCUUACCAGUUUAAUACUAUUUCUCUAAGUGUUGCUCGGCGGUUGGAAUCCUGGCCCCUGGCCAUUGGAAAGUGCCAAAAUACAUCUUUGCAGUGUCCAAAAUACCAUCUGAAGUAAGGAAAACUGGAGUGUAGUCAUCAAACACUUCAUGGCCAAAGCCCAGAUCUUCCCUCUAGGUAAUAAAAGGAGAACCAGGUAAAAAAGUACCCUGCAGGAUUUAUGCCUUUCAUCCAUCUUAGCAUUUAAUGUUUUGUAUACAUACAUGUGUGUGUAAGCAGCACUCUUUCUCAAAUGUAAAUACCCUCAAAAUACAUAGAAAAAUGUUUUGUUUUUUGUAACAGAUGUACAUAAUCCAGACUGCUCGUGAAAUCUAAACAGAAUGCUCCAUGGAAAACUCCCAGGGAGAGAUUUAAAAAAACCUCCUGUUAUUUAUAUUUAGAUCUGCAGCUGAAAAUAGACGAGUAUAAAUGGUAUGGAGUGGAGAAAGAGUUGCUGAAGAGAUCAUAAAAAGGAAUCUGAGAUUGUGAUGAGGUAAUGGUCAUCUACUUUUAGACAACAUUUGAGCAGCAAUUCCAUUUAUUUAGAUACAUUUCAAAGCAGAGAAAGAUGCUAAUCAGCUGAUUAAGUUUUCAUACAGCAAGUGGCUGAUGCAGACGUAAUUACUCCGAGUGAUGAGCAGAUUGACAGGUUGUUUGUGGUAGUGAGCUGCAUUCCGAUUUGUUUGGUAAAAAAAAUGUGCCACAGCUGGUGGGACAAGUCAGAGAGUACUGCAUUGGUUUAACUAGUCUUGGGUUCUCACUUUUAAUUUAUUAUUUGUUUUGACUUACCUGCAAAUAAAGGUGAUGUAUCUGCUAUGUUCACUGGCUGGAAGAGCAGUUCAGAGAUCGGAAUACUCUGUAGCUGUAAUAUGUAGAAAAUGAUCUGUUACUUAAUUAUUGUUCUUAUUUGAUUCUUUUAUGAAGUCUUUUUGACGAAGUAGGGUGAAAGCAACCUCUAGCUUAAUUCCUCUGAGUCUGUUCCAGGUUUUAGGAGCUGGUGCAGGGAAAGGUUUCCAGCGUGGUUGAUCAAACAAACAAAGGCACCCAAAACACCUUUUGAUGCUCACAGCACAACUUGCUUCUGAGCACUUGGUGAUGCUAGCAAGUACUGGGAUGUAAGAAGGUGACCAGUGCCACUCACCUGGGGACAUCAGGGCACUUCAGGAGGUGUCUGAAUGUGGAUUUGGUUGGUUUAACAGAAGCACCCAAGCCUGAAUACACUGACUGACAUUUUGCAAGCAUCAGCCAUAUCAGCCUGGAAUGUAAAGGUAAUAUCGAUAGAGAUCACCUCACAGAUUCUGUCUAAACUGUUCCUGGCUGUCUUUGCUACUUGUAUCUUUGAUUUGCUGGUGAGAGGAAUCUGUGAUAAGAGAGUAUAAUGUAAUAUACUUUCUGCAUAUCUAAAAUAGUAUUUAAGUAAGCAUUUUAAUUUCUACACACCUAUUGCACUGAACUGGUUUGGAUUUGUUUGUUUGUUUUGGUUUUUUUUGUGAUAAACUCGGCUCACUUCAGGUCCCACCACCCAUUUGUGCUGAAGCAGUGUUUGAUCUUAGCAGGCUUACAGCAUUAUUUAUAAAGGACAGAUAUAUAUAAAUAUAUGAAGUACCUCAUGUUGAAUGUUAUUGUACUGUAUCUUUAAUGUCACAGUGCAGAUCUUGUUGGACUCAUGAAUGUGUAUAAUCACGUUAAACAUAAAAAUAAAAAUGAUUCUUAAA